UUUUUUCAUAUGAUCUCGAAGCGUUUACCUUUUGCCUUUGAAGCUAGCCUUGAGCAGGACCAGCAUAAGAGCGAACGACGCAUUUCAAGUCAUUCCCCCAAGAUGGCCAGCAAAAAGCAGCGCAGUGGAUCGAACCACCUGGAAGGCCUUCCACUUGAGAUCAGAAGGGAAAUUUUCACGUACGCGAUAACGUGGCGCUGUGUUGAUUUCGUUGAAGCAAAUCACUGGUCCGUAAAGCCAUUUGAUCGACCUAUCGUCUUUGUGUACAUCAGAGGUAGCCCACGUAUGUCCGAAGGCCAAGAAAGUGUUCGGACGGGUUUCUGGGGCACGGAAGAAAUGACGAGGCUGAUGCGCGUCAACAAGCGCUUCCAUGCGGAGGUGCACGACUUGAUCUACGGCAGCUUUGCAUUCUUCUUGUCGUCAUCAUCAAAUAGCGAGCAGGACUUUCGCUCGUGGCGGGACUGGCUACGGUCGAGAAACGCGGCUGCCUUAGACAAGAUCCGAUACUUCGUCAUGCCCUUAUUAUCGUCUCAAUUGGCCCGGCGAAUGAUGGAAAGGAAAUCGAGACCGGAAUAUCAGCUCCGCACGUUGUUCCCUAACAUGAAAGGGAUAACCAUAAACUAUUUUCACAAUGACAGCAGCGCGGGCCCGGAUCUAGACGACGCCGCGCAGGUGGAAGCGCUGCUGUGUGAGGUUACGCUGUGGAAGGGGCUCGGCGUCAACGCAGUGAUUUGUAGUCACCCCUCGAGCUGUGAGCGCGGCCAAGAAAUAGUUUCAAAGGCACAGGAGAGGAACAAACAAGCGCUAAAAGAAGCGACAGCAUUCGAGCAAAUGAUCACGUUCAGUAACUAA